AUGCCUUCCAUGCUCAAGAUCGCUGCUCCGGCCCUCGUCGCCGCCAGCACUGCCUACGCCGCCUGCAGCGUUUCCGCAACCACCACCAUCCAGAAUGCCGGCGAUGCCACUGCUCUGGCCAGCUGCUCGACCUUCUCGGGUAACAUCGCCAUUGCUACCGGCACCACCGAGGACAUUGCCAUCAAUGGCGUCAAGAAGAUCACCGGUAACCUGAUCGCAAAGGACAACUCCGACAUGAAGCAGAUCAGCGCUAGCGACCUCGAGACUCUUGACGGAACCAUGGACCUCGAGGGUCUCACCUCACUCUACGCCUUGAACUUCCCCAAGCUCAAGACCAUCGACUCCAUCCAGUGGCAGGCGCUCCCCAACCUCCAGGAGAUCGGCUUCACCUCCGAGGUCACCAAGGCCGACAAGAUCGAUAUCCAGAACACUGCUCUCCGCUCGCUCAAGGGUAUCAACAUUGAGGAGGCUGACGAGAUCUUCAUUGCUAACAACGGCUACAUUGACUCCAUCUCCAUGCAGCUUGGUAACGUCUCCACCUCGCUGACCCUUGCCGACAACAACGAGGCCGUCAAGGUCGAGCUUCCCAACCUCAUCUGGGCUAGCAACCUGACCUUCCGCUUCUGCGGUUCCGUCUCCGUCCCCUCCCUCGAGACCCUCAAUGGAUCUCUCGGUCUCUACAACAACGGUUUCGAGACCUUCUCUGCCCCCAACCUGACUAGCGUUGGUGAGGCCGUUGCUGUUGUCGCCAACGAGCAGCUCAACAACAUCUCUUUCCCUCUCCUUACCAAGAUCAAUGGUAACAUCCAGAUUGCCAACAACUCCAAGCUCGUUGAGGUUGACGGCCUUCCUCAGCUCAAGAGCAUCGGUGGUGCUUUUGACAUGAGCGGUAACUUCAGCAAGGUCUCCACUCCCAAGCUCGACAGCGUCAAGGGUGCCUUCAACCUUCAGUCAUCUGCUCAGCUCAACGACACCUGCGAUUUCUACAAGGACCUCCACUCCCAGAAGCUCAUCCAGAGCAAGGACUACACCUGCGAGGGAACUCUCAUCGACCCCGGCCAGCAAGGACACGACCCCACCAAGCAGAGCGGAACCGGAAGCAGCGGCCAGAAGGGUGCUGCCACCUCGCUCAGCCCUGUCAACGGCGCUCUUGGCCUCGCAGCCAUGGUCGCUGUUCUCUUCUUUUAA